AUCAAUGCAAUAUUUAAAUUAGCAAAACUGUUUAUUCAAGUAUUCAACCAAUCCACUGACACUUCUUAUUUGAAUGUCUUACCUGAGUUGGUAUAAUAAACAGUUAAUAAAGCAUUACAGGCUUAAAGAAGCAGAUAGAGAAAAGGUGUUACUUCCAUUAAGUACUUCAAGCAGACAACAUGACAGAUAUUGACAAGACCCAAACUAACAAGUUUCUUGGAAUGAGAACAUCAACUCCAAAGCCAAAGAAAAUGGCUGGACCAGCCCCAAAAAGGAAAAGUGCAAGGAAUGGCGCAGCCUCAGCGGCUAAGAAAGCAAGAGCUAACCCAAAGAAAACAGGUGGGAAGAAAGCAACCGCAAACACAAACAAAACAGAUGAGAAGAAAGAAUUACUAGAGGCUCAGGCGGAGAGAAGAAACUGGCUUCAGCUUUUUAGAGAGCAUCAAGAUUCUCAACAAGUCUUAACAACUCCAUUGCCCAUCUCACCUAUUGCACCAAACUCUCUCGAUAGACCUACACAUGUUGCUAGACGCAGACUAGCACACACUACCUCACCCCGCCGACUCUUUCCUACUGCAUCAGAUGUCUCCUCUUCAAGUGUGUCAGGAAGGCCACAAACAUCAUCAGCCAGUAAACCUGCACCAGAGGCAUGUGUAGUCAGCCAACCAGCAUCUGCAGUUUGUCAAAGAGCAAGUGCAGCCAGCAAACCAGCACCUGCAGCUAGUAAACCUGCACCAGUAACUCGCCAGCCAGCUUCUGCAGUCCAUCAACAAGCAUGUACAGCCAGCAAACCAGUACCUGCACCAGUAGCCUGUCAACCAGUACCCGUAGCCCACCAACCAGCACCUGCACCAAUAGCCCAUCGACCAGCACCCGUAGCUCAAAGAGCAACUGCAUCCAGUAAACCAGCACCUGCAGCCAGUAAACCUGCACCAGUGUCCCGUCAACCACCUCCUGUAGCCCGCCAGUCAGCAUCAGCAGCCAGCAAACCGACAUCUGCACCAGUAGCACCUUUACCUGUACAUAUAGCCCGCCAACUAGCAUCUGUAAUCAGUCAACUAGCACGUACAGCUAGCAAACCAGCACCUGCACCAUUAGCUCGUCAACCAGUAUCUGCAGUCCGUCAACAACCAGCACCUGUAACCCACCAGCCCGCAGUCAGUAAACAAUCAUGUGCAGUCAGUGAAACUGCGGCAGUAGCUGGUCAACCUGCAACUGCAGCAAUAGCCGGUCAACCAGCAACCGCAGCCCACCAACCAGUAUCUGUAGCUCGCCAUUCAGCAUCUGCAGUCAAUAAACAAUCAUAUGCAGCCAGUAAAACUGCAGCAGUAGCCGGUCAACCAGCAACUGCAGCCUACCAACCGGUAUUUGUAGCCUGUAAGUCAGCAUCUGCAGCCUGUCUACCAGUCACUACAACCAGUAAACCAGUACUUGUAUCACACCUUCCUUCAGCACAUGUAACUGGUCAACCAACACCUGCACCAUACUUUCCACCAGCAGAGGUAACCAGUCAACCAGGAUCUGCACCAUACUUUCCCCCAGCAGGUGUAGCCAGUCAACAAGGAUCUGCGCCAUAUUUUCCCCCAGCAGGUUUAGCCAGUCAACCAGGAUCUGCGCCAUACUUUCUCCCAGCAGGUGUAGCCAGUCAACCAGGAUCUGCGCCAUACUUUCCCCCAGCAGGUUUAGCCAGUCAACCAGGAUCUGCGCCAUACUUUCCCUCAGCAGGUGCAGCCAGUCAACCGGGAUCUGCACCAUACUUUCCACCAGCAGGUGCAGCCAGUCAACCAGGAUCAUUACCACUCUUUCCACCAGCACAGAUGACACCUACAGGAGUAUCCAUACUUACUUGCAUCCGAAGAGAAUUACGAGAAGUGGCCUCCAAGUUAGAGACAUUUGCAAGCAUGGUUGGAAUGUUACAACAAGAAGUAAGAAUGCUGGCUGGGACUCACAGCGUGAACACUCAAUCAUGUCAUGAAGACUUAAGAGCGGUUUUACCACCAAGCAUCCGGGCUGUGUGUGAAGGCACAACACCGUACAACUGCAUUAGAACCCUGAAAAACUUCAUGUUUCCAAAUGAAGAACUUUCACAAGGAACAGCGAUGCAAAAUUCCAGAGCAUGCAUGAAACUAGACAAUGCCCAAAAAGUUAGAUCAAUAGUCAAUUAUGUUAAGCAGAUUUACCCUGGAAUGACUGACUCUGAAAUCGGCCACUUCCUGGGAAAAAAGUAGAGAAGAAAUUGAGC